UUUUCAUUAUGUAUUUUUACAGAUUUUGGCUUUGGCUAAUCAAAUCACAGUAUCACAUGGUUUCAUGUGCAGGUCAAUUCCUUUUUCUGUUGUUCCUUUCCCUGUCCCUAAACCUUCACUCCACAGCAUCAUAUACCCCCAUCCCAAAACAAAAAGAACCCAUCUUUGGUUGAAAAUUGAAAUCUUUACAGUCACUUCUGUUUACUGUUCAAACCUAGAUCACCGUCACAUUUGUUUGUUAUCUCCUAUAUUUUGGCUACAGCUCUAUCGUUUCUCUUUUCUUGAUCAUUGGUUCUUGAUUAUUAUUGUUAUUAUCACUAUUCCUUGCUUCUUUCUUUUCCAAUUCUUGAUUCUCUGAAACUAUUUAGAUAUUAUUUGUGACAGUGGGAUGAGUUUGUCGUCCAUAUUAUAGCUUUUGGCGUCGUAUUUAUUGAUUCUUGAUCGCAUUUUUUUCUUGAAUAUGUUUGGAUUUGAAAUCUUGAUUCUUUAGUCGUGAAUUGUGGAGAGCAAAUCGAGGAAAGAUGCGGCGGCGGGCGGCCGACUACCGGCGCCCGGUUAGAAGGAGGUUAUCGCUGUGGAUCUGGGCACUUCUUGGCAUGUUUUUGAUUGCUGGGCUAAUUUUAUUUGUGUUUCAUCACCAUCACCAUGAAGAUCAGAUUAAGCAGCCUAUUCAGGAGAAUCAUGCAAGAGCUGAACCAGUCAACCAUGAAGGUUUGAAUUUCACCAAGGAACUAUUGAGUGCUACCUCAUUUUCAAGGCAGUUGGCUGAGCAAAUGAUGCUUGCCAAGGCUUAUGUCAUUAUUGCAAAGGAGCAUAAUAACCUCUACCUUGCAUGGGAGCUGAGCAAAAAGAUCAGAAGUUGCCAACUCUUGCUUUCAAAAGCUGCUAUGAGAGGGGAGCCCAUAACACUAGAAGAAGCAGAGCCAAUAAUCAGUGGCCUGUCAUAUCUAAUCUUCAAGGCACAAGAUGCCCAUUAUGAUGUAGCAACUACCAUAAUGACAAUGAAAUCUCAUAUUCAAGCCCUUGAAGAACGUGCAAAUGCAGCAACAGUUCAGAGCGCAGUAUUUGGACAGCUGGCGGCUGAAGCUCUACCGAAGAGCCUCCAUUGCCUAAAGGUAAAGCUUACAACUGAUUGGCUUAAGAAGCUGCCCCUUCAAGACCUUGCAGAGGAGAAAAGAAACUCUCAAAGAGUUGUGGAUAAUAAUCUCUAUCACUUCUGCAUAUUUUCAGACAAUAUGCUGGCUACAUCAGUAGUCAUCAACUCCUCGAUCUGUAAUGCUGAUCACCCAAAACAGCUCGUCUUCCACAUAGUUACAAAUGAAAUCAGCUAUGGAGCUAUGCAGGCUUGGUUCCUUGGUAACGACUUCAAAGGGGCAACCAUAGAAGUUCAGAAUGUAGAAGAGUUCUCUUGGUUGAAUGCUUCUUAUGCUCCUGUUGUCAAACAGCUUCUGGAUGAAGAUUCCCGGAGCUAUUAUUUUUCAGGUUAUUCAGAUUUGAAGACUGAUCCAAAACUGCGAAAUCCUAAGUACCUGUCUUUACUGAAUCAUCUUCGUUUUUACAUCCCUGAGAUCUAUCCACAAUUGGAAAAGAUAGUUUUUCUUGAUGAUGAUGUUGUUGUGCAGAAGGAUCUCACACAACUUUUUUCAUUGGAUUUGCAUGGAAAUGUCAAUGGAGCUGUCGAAACUUGUCUUGAAGCAUACCAUCGUUAUUACAAGUAUCUCAAUUUCUCAAACCCAAUUAUCAGCUCAAAGUUUGACCCACAGGCAUGUGGAUGGGCAUUUGGUAUGAAUGUUUUUGAUUUGGUUGCGUGGAGGAAAGCAAAUGUGACUGCACAUUAUCAUUUCUGGCAGGAGCAGAAUGCUGAUCAAACUCUUUGGAAGCUGGGGACACUUCCUCCCGCUCUUCUAGCAUUUUAUGGACUGACAGAGCCACUUGAUCGAAGAUGGCAUGUAUUAGGCUUGGGAUAUGAUAUGAACAUUGACAAUCGUCUGAUUGAGAGUGCUGCAGUUAUUCACUUUAAUGGUAACAUGAAGCCAUGGCUGAAAUUGGCUAUUGGCAGAUACAAGCCUCUGUGGGAAAGGUACAUAAACCAAAGUCACCCUUAUUACCAAGAUUGUAUUGCAAGUUGAAAUGUGCUACUUCUUGAUUAUCGAUAAUUCAUGCCAUCUUCAAUAUUUUUACACCCUCAAAUGGUGAAUCGUAUUAUUGUAGUCAGAAGUAGAAAAUUUUGACUUAAUUAGGAGUUUUCUUUUGCUUUUAUUUCCCCCUUUUUUCUUCAUAGUUCCUAUAAUGAAAAAGAACAGAUUUUAUACAUUAGGGAAUUUAAAUUUACUAGGUGAAGAGUUGUGAAGAAAUCAUUUUUGAUUGAUGGGGUUUCCUUCCCCUUCUGCAAACUGUAGAAUUAUUUGUUCCUUAGCAAUUUUUGUAAUAAGUUUUUCAGCUUUUAUGGAUCAUAAUGUAACUGGAAGCAGACAAUUUUGUCCUGCCCGUUUACUCUUUAGACAUCAAACCGGAUUCUGAAUA